CGGACUCAGCCCGUUGAGGAAGGGGUGACGCAGAGAGCAGGUGCUCCCCAGAUCCUGAGAUUCCCCCCGCGAUGCCCUUUCUCCGGAUCCUCAGCACCGUCCUGGUUCUGCUCAGCCUCCUGCUGCUGCUGAUCGCCCUGGGCUCUGACUACUGGCUGGCGGACAACAGUGGCAGCCAUAGUGGGCUGUGGAAGAGCUGCAGCAGUUCACUGUGUCUGCAAUAUUCUUCAGUACUAGGUUACGUUGAUGCCACCAGGGCUUUCCUGUUCCUGGCCGUGAUCGCCGGGUUUCUCUCCUUCUUCGCCCUCAUCCCUUCGUUCUUCCGCUCCCACCUCGGCCCCGUGUCCCUGAGCCUGGUCUCUGCCGUGGGCAGCUUCAGCGCAGGGCUCUGUGCCAUGAUCGCGCUGGCCGUGUUCACAGGGGAGUUAGCUGGGGCCGUGAAUGUCCCGCCAGGCCAAGUCACCUUCGGCUGGUCCUUCGGCCUCGGCUGGGCCUCCUUCCCCCUCUUCCUCAUCACUGGUGCGGUGAUGAUGUUCGCCCGGAAACCUCCCCCGAGCUGAGCCUGGGGCCGCGCUGCCCGGGGGG